AUGUGUGGUGAGGUGUUCAUAAAGUACAUAAAGAACUUCCACAAGCAGCUCGGCGACCGCAACUUGCUCGACGGAAAACCCCAUGUGCUCGUGCUGGAUGGGCACACGUCGCACGUGAGCUUGGACGUCAUAAAGUUGGCCAUCUCCCUCAACAUCCACCUCGUCCAGCUGGCCUCCCACAUGUCCCACAUCACCCAGCCCUUGGACGUCGCUGGCUUCGGGUGCUUCAAGAAGGAGCUGGCGAAGGUGAUCCAGGCCUU